AUGCCCACCCAACCGCCCCUCCCGCCCCUCCUCACACCAUACAUCUCGUCGCUCUCCCCCUCGUCCCUCACCGUGGUCUCCUCCGUGCUAGGCGCAACCGGGAACUGGCUGAUCCUGCGAUAUCUCCAUGCCGCCCUCAGCACAUCGUCCGACCCGCACGUGGGCCAAUUCACCGACGGCGACGCCGCAAAGAAGCGGAAAGUCGUGCUGGGCCUGGAUCUCGCCCGUCUCACAGAUAAGCGCCAGUUCGCCUUCGUCGACGGCCUGUCCGAACUUUUCUCCCCGCCAGCCGCAACGCCCUCGUCUCCCUCCCCCGCCCAACCUACACAUACCGCUACUGUUCCCGCCCGGACCGUCCUCCCCGUCCGAUCUCAGCCCGGGCCCAUCCCAGCACGAGGGCCGCAGCCCGCGCCAGCACGGCCCAGCAAUCCGACCCCAAGCCCGUCCCCGGCCCAGACGACGACAGUGACGAGAGAAAUUGGCCCAGUCAAACGCCUCCACCUCACAGGAACCGGAACGGCAGCGCUAGACGCCCUCGAGCGGGACAUCGUCGUCACCAUCCAGCAGCUGAAGACUGCGACGACGGCUGCGGCCACCGAGACGGACGAGGUCCUUCUGAUCGUGGACCAGCCGGAUCUGCUCCUCGCCGCCACGGGGCCGAGUAAGGGCAUUGGCGCGACGGAGAUGGGAGAGUGGAUGAUGGGAUUACAACAGAAUGCGUAUGCGACGGUGUUAACCCUGUCGGCGGAUUCGCCGCUAAUACACAACGCGUCUGCGUCUGCGUCGCUGCCGCCGACGCCGCUGGAGACGGAGCAUGCGGCGUUUGCGGUUGGGUCGGCGCACCGGGCGCAGAUGGUCAUGCAGCUGCGCAAUCUGGAGACUGGGGCCGCGCGGGAUGUCAGUGGUGUGCUACGGGUCAGUAAAGGAGGCGCAUGGGGCCAGCAUCAUGGGGACGAGGAGGGCCACUGGGAGGAGAAAGAGGUCUUGUACUUUGUGCAGAGGGACGGAGGGGUGAGGGUAUUUGGGAGAGGGGAGUAA